AUGGAUGCGGUAAAGGCAUUUAAUGGAGAGCUGUCUGCUCUCUAUGAUGUCAAGCCGCCGAUAUCCAAGGCUAAGAUGAAUUCACUGACAAGAGGCGCGAUAAAAGCUAUAAAAUUUUACAAACAUGUUGUACAGAGUGUAGAAAAAUUUAUACAAAAAUGUAAGCCAGAGUACAAAGUACCGGGUCUUUAUGUAAUAGACUCUAUUGUGCGGCAGUCUAGGCACCAAUUUGGCGUUGAAAAGGAUGUAUUUGCCCCGAGAUUUGCUAAAAAUAUGCAAACAACAUUUUUGAAUUUAUUAAAAUGCCCACCAGAGGAUAAAAGCAAGGUGAUACGUGUAUUAAAUUUGUGGCAGAAAAAUUCAGUAUUUCAACCUGAAGUUAUUCAACCAUUAUUCGACCUUGCCGAUCCAAAUCAUCCGAUUCACAAAGAGCAAGCGAUUAAUUCUAACGGAGCAUUAAAUACUAGUGGUAAUAAUUUAAGUAAUCUUGGUUCUAUAACUAAAACACCACCGGGUGGUAAAAACACACCUAAAGAUCAAAAAAUGUUCUCUGCUAAGACUAUUGACCCUGCAUGGUUGGCACAGACUAAAUUAGAGACCGCCAAUAUGGUUAAUGCUAAUAAAUUACUCGGUCAGUCGGGUGCUAAUCAAGUUGACGCUUCAUUUUUAGAUCAGCUUCAACAUCUCCAGCAGUUGCUAUUAAAAAAACAAGAAGCAUCUAAUGAUACUCCAAGUUCUGUUAAAUUUGACAAGAAAUUGUUAGACUUUGAUUAUGGAGAAGAGGAAGAUGAUGAUGUAAUGAUGGCAAGUUCACCUGCGGCAGCAGUUACUGCUAGUAAUCAGCACAACGCAGUCACGAGUGGCAAUCUUGAGAGCCUGGGAUUAUUACUGACCAACCCGGAGGUUUUGAGACAGUUACAGACCUUGCAGCAGACUAUGCAAGGUAACGUAGCGACAGCACAGCUUGAAAUGGAAGAAAAAAUGCGGAAACUUCAGCAGAUGAAGCAGCAAGAAGAUGAGUUUGAUAAGCAUCUAGCUCAAACUGUACCGAACCUUCCGUUUGCUUCUGAGUGUGAGCUAAAGCCUUCGGAUGUUCUCAAACCAAGUCAGCACAAUACGUAUAGCAAUGUGUCGAAUUUAAUGCAGCAGGAUAUGAGCCAGCCACCUCCAGGAUAUCCACCGGCAUUUGUUUCUCAAUCAACCUCAGCACUAAGACAGCCAAUCCACUCAAACCAAAAGAGUCCUCUGAUAGACGAGCGACAAGACUCCCAAGAUUAUCAGUCGACGCAGACAAGACGUGACAGCAGCAGCGUAGAAAUUGUUAAUUUAGAUUCUGUCAGGUCUCAGAGCAGAUCUCCAGAACGCUUCCGACGCCACAGUAGGUCCAGGUCGCCUCGUCAUCGUGGUCGAGAUCGGGACCGAGACAGAAAAUCCCGAUCCAGGAGUCGCUCACGGCGACAGAGGUCCCGGUCGCGUGAACGCAAGCGUGAAGAAACUCGCGCUAAGAAUUCUGAGGAAGAGAGAGAAAAAGAACGAGAGCGAAGAAAACGUGGAUUGCCGCCGAUUGAAAGGGAAAAAAUGAGCGUAUGCAGUACUACGCUUUGGGUUGGGCAUUUAUCUAAGCUUGUACAUCAGGAGGAAUUGUCUGAUACGUUUGGCGAGCUUGGUGAUAUUGUUAGCAUUGACUUGAUUUCACCUAGAGGGUGUGCUUUUAUUUGUAUGAACAGGCGACAAGACGCCUAUCGAGCUUUGACGAAACUUAAAAAUCAUAAAAUGCAAGGCAAAGCUAUCACGUUAGCCUGGGCACCUGGGAAAGGUGUUAAAGGCAAAGAAUGGAAGGAUUAUUGGGAAGUUGAGCUGGGUGUUAGUUAUAUUCCUUGGAAUAAGUUGAAUAAUGUCACUGAACAGGAAUUGGAGAUGCUUGAAGAAGGUGGAAUGAUUGAUGAGGACACGCUACCUCCAAGACUGAAAGGUAAACUGAAGCAUUCAGGAUCUAAAGAAGGAAUGCAAGCAAUCCAAGUGCCUCCAAUUGGGGGUGCUCCAAUUCCAACAUUAACAGAUGGAAUUGUUAACGUAAUGCCACCGUCAACAGCGACACAACAGCAACCUAUGAUUGACACAAGUCAGCCACCGCCAAUCAGAGCAACGGCUUCAACUAAUUUGAUGCCACCUACUAGCGCUCAACUAUCAAUGAUGCCACCAGGAUUCCCUAUGACAGGAGUUCCACUCAACAAUGCAGGUAUGCUUGGACCUCCAAUGGGUUUACAAAUGCCGCAUGGUUUAAUGCCAAAUGUACCAAUUGGAGUACCUCCACCAAACAUGCAAGGGCUUUUGGGUCCUCCGGGAAUGAUGCCGUCGAUGCUAACACAACAAGUUAACUCUCCUUUUGGCGCUGGAGUCGGCGUUGGUCUUAUUACUCAAAUUCCACUUCCUGCACCUGCUGCACCAUCAGAUAAAUCAAACUCAACAGGCAUGCCUCACAAUGUACCGCCGAUGGGUGUGCCACCUCCUACGGGAGAAACUAACCUACCAAAUCUUCCAAUGCUUCGUCAACCAUUUAAUGUCGGUCCACCACCACCACCAAUGCAAAUGCCAAUGCAACAGCAGCACUCCGAGGAUAUGGAUGUUGAAAUGGAAGACGUUAUGCCUCCAAGUUCAAUAAAUCCUCCGAAAGAUAAGCCGAACUUGAGUGACCAGUUGCUGGCAGCUAUGAACAAAGCUCCAAAUAUGAAUGACAGAGCAGAUAGUGAGCGAGAGUUCAGAGAUCGGGAUCGAGAUAGAGACCGUGAGAGAAGAGAUCGAGGUGAGCGUGAUAGAGCUGACAGAGAUGGAAAUGACAGUCGGGGACGAGACCGUGGUCGAGGAAGAGACAGAGGUCGUGAUCGAAGACGAGACGGUCGGGAACGCGACCGAGAUGAUCGACGAGAUCGUGAUCGAGAUAUGAGACCUCAUGAUGGUCCGCUGCCGUUGCCAGGUUCGGGCGUUGGACUUCUUCAGGAACCAGACAUGGGUCCCAAAAAAGAUAAAAUGAGCUUGGCUGAUAGAUUACGGCAAUUGGCUGAUGGUACUCUGCCGAUGGACGACAGAAUGGAUCGUGGCAUGCGUGAUCGCAGUGAGCGCAACAUGGAUAACAGAAGCGACAGACCGCCGCCUUUUGAAGACAUCCCUGGUGGUCGUAGACCCGGAGAUGGUCCACCGUCGUUGUUAGACCUUCCGAAGUUCCCGGGUGUACCUGGUGAACGACCAGACUUUGGACCACGUGGCCCAGAUUUUCGAGGGCCUCAAGAUCAUCGCGACUUCCCGCGAGGUGAUCGUGAUCGUCCUGGAUUUGGUCCUCGUGGUGGCGGUCCCAGAGGACCUAUGGACGAAUUUCCGGAUCACAGAAUGCACGCUGGACGUUUUCCGGAUGAGUUUGAGCGACAUGGAGGUCCUCGACCGAAUGACUUUGAUCACCGCCUAGGUAUGGGAAGAGAUACGGACUUUGAACGUGCUGAGCACCGUGGCCGGCAUCCAGAUGAGUACGAUCCAGAUAGACUUGAGUUUGACAGACGGCCAAGAGACGGAUUUGAUCCGCGAAUGCCAGAUGGAUUCGACGCCCGAGCUCAUCCGGACCAUCCAGAUUUUGAUCCGAGAAGAAGAGAUUUCUUUGGGCACAUGGAACCUGGAUUUGGCCCUCCGAUGGGUCCUCGAGGUCCCAGAGGUCCAAUGGGUCCUGAUGGAUUCGGAUCGAGACCCGGAAUGGGUCCGCGAGGUCAUGGUCCUCCGAUUUUCCAUCGGGGAAUGGGACCAAGAGGAAUGAGGCCAGGCAUGCGACCACCAUUUGGUCCACGAGGUCCAUUUGACCCUCGUGAAGGCGAAGCUUUCUUCAGAGGACCAUUUGACGACAACCGUGGUCCACCGUCUUCCCACUUGAGACCACCACCUUUCGGUGGACCACCAGGACCUCCACUUCCAGAUCCUUGGAGAAAUCCAGACGCUGUGCCUCCACCAUUGCCGCCCGUCUGGGCUAGUAUGGAAAGCAACAAUGGACAUGAGCCAGAUGAACACACUCGUGAAAAUCAUGUUAACCAGCGCGAUAAUAAAGGUCAUAUGAGUCGUGACAAGCAUCAAGAACGUGACCGUGAUCGUGAUCGUGAUCGUGAUCGUGAUCGUGAUAGCAGAAAUUCGAGAAACAGAAAAUCUAGAUGGGGAAAUGCUAGUCCACUGCCACAAGAACAAUCUGAAGCUGCAAGAUCUGAUCAAGAUUCUGGAGAAAAGAAAAUAUUUGACGAAAAUCGUACUGUUGACAAUGAUAAUUCAAAGGGAGCUGACGAACAUCGUGAUCAAUCGACGAUAAACGAAUCAUCGAGUGAAUUACAACAACCUAAGGGAGAUGUUGAUAAUAGUCAUGAUAAUCCUGAGAUGAAUCAUGUGCCAACAAUAGAUGAUGCAAAUAAUUUCGAUAUUCCAAGCUUUGACAAACAUGAUGCGCCUGAGAGUCAUGAGUUUGAUGAGCCACCUAAAAAUGUUGAUCGAGCUUACGAGGAAGAACAUUAUCAUCAUCAUCAUCAACAACAGCAGCAGCAGCACCAGCAAGAGCAGCCCGAGCAGUACCAAGAAGUGCAGUCGCAUCAAGAAAAAAUUGAACAACAUCAACAAGAACAACAUCAAUCAUCAGUUGAAGAUGAUAACACAUCAAAACCCAUGGAGAUUCAAAAUGAAAGUGAUGCGCCGGUGAUAGCUUCGGAAGAAACGUUGUAA